UGACGAGGCACUGCCUGCCCCGGACGUGACGCCGCAGAGGCUUUCGUGACCUCAUACUUCUAUAGCGUAUUGUUAUUUGCGUGCGGUCCGAAAUAAGUAAAAUUUUGGUAUUUAAACUAUACCGGUGUGACUUUUUAGGACUUCCAAGUGUAAAUAGUCAUGAAACUACAAACAAACAUUUGCAAGUAAAUUUCAAUCUAAAUAAAUUAGUUUAUCAAAAUUCCCGAUCGAAGAAACUUGCAUAGACAGGAGUAAAAAGGACAUUAGUAGGUAUUACUAUUGCCAGUAAGAAAUGCUACCAUAUGAAAUGUUUUCUAUUCGGUGGUGAAAAUUAUACCGAAUGUCGGAACCAAAAAAAUUGUAAAAUCCUUCUCCAUAGCUGCUACUUACUUCGCUUGAACAAGCCAUUAUAAUUUGGGCCUAUUAUUAUAAUUCAAUGUACAAAAAAGGUUGACGAGGCCUGAGAGCGAGAGAGCUAAACAAAAACCACACCGACCUACAGGCUGCGGCAAGUUUCAUUCUAGUAACCAAGAUAAUUUCGGAGUUUGCGCUGUAGGAUUUGGUUGGGUGUGUCGCUGAAGAGAAAAAAAGAAUCUCCAAACAUGAGUGGCCAGCAGUAUUACCCGUACAAGUGCACCCCCACGGUGUACCCGGCGGACCCGUUCGAGCCGGCGCUGGACGCGGAGACCCUCCGCAAGGCCAUGAAGGGCUUCGGCACCGACGAGAAGGCCAUCAUCGACGUGCUGUGCCGCCGCGGCAUCGUCCAGAGGCUCGAGAUUGCCGAAACCUUUAAGACUAACUACGGGAAGGACCUGAUCAGUGAGCUGAAGAGCGAGCUGAGCGGCAACUUGGAGAACGUUAUCGUCGCCCUGAUGACGCCCCUCCCGCACUUCUAUGCCAAGGAGCUCCACGACGCGGUCGCGGGCGUCGGCACUGAUGAGGAAGCCAUCAUCGAGAUACUUUGCACGCUGUCCAACUAUGGCAUCAGGACCAUCUCCGCUUUCUAUGAACAGUUGUACAACAAGAGCCUGGAAUCAGAUCUGAAAGGCGACACAUCGGGGCACUUCAAGCGUCUGUGCGUGUCGCUGUGCAUGGCCAACCGUGAUGAGAACCAGGGCGUCGACGAGGCUGCGGCCAAGGCGGACGCGGAGGCCCUGGCCAGCGCUGGGGAGAACCAGUGGGGUACUGACGAGUCUACCUUCAACUCCAUACUCAUCACACGCUCGUACCAACAGUUGAGACAGAUCUUCGCAGAAUACGAGGCGUUGACCGGCAAGGACAUCGAGGAGUCUAUCAAGAAGGAAUUCUCUGGAAGCGUGGAGAAGGGCAUGCUGGCUAUUGUAAAAUGCGUGAAGAGCAAAGUAGGAUUCUUCGCUGAGCGGCUGUACCACUCGAUGAAGGGAUUGGGCACCAACGACAAGACCCUGAUCAGGAUCGUGGUCAGCCGGUCCGAGAUCGACCUCGGAGACAUCAAACAGGCCUUCCUUGAGAAGUACGGCAAACCCCUGGACGACUGGAUUUCUGGAGACACGUCCGGGGAUUACAAGAAGGCUUUAUUGACCAUUGUCGAAUAAUAGGCUUGAGGGCUGGAUGACGGCGACAAAACCACCUAGUUCCAUUAUUUUAAGUUCUCUGUAUAUGUGUCAAUUGUUAGGUCUUAAGAUCGUAGGCGUGGGUACUAAUCAACAUUGAAUCUCAGGACUUGAAGAAACAAGGAAUCAUAAGGUCUGAUAGCUUACUGCCCCGUGCGGCCCGUGGUACAAAGAAUUCCGUACAUAAUGUCACUUGCCUCUAGUUAUUGUUCGUAUGUAAAUAAGAAUUGUGUUGUGGUCACGUAUUUGCGACGGUACCAUACAUUAAACAAAACUCACAAUACACGACGACACGACAUGCAAUUAUUUUUUUAUUAAAUUUUCAUAUGUUUAUAAUAAAAUGGGAACAUGAAAAAACCGUCGGAGACACGUUACAUUAUUAUAGUCACUGUACGAAAUUCUUUUAAACCCGCACAUUUAGUAUUACAGCGUGGUCACUAAUCUCAUAUCCCACUGAAACAAGUGGUUUCGGAUCUCAACUGCAGCGCGUUAGUUUGGUAUCCAUGCCGUUUCUGUUUCAUUUGUAUAUCUGUAUAUUUCGCUUAUUCACGUAAAGUCACGUAACUUUCUUUGCACAGUAGCUAACAGCUUGCAUGAGGGUAGUGGUCGAGCCACUCUCUUGUUUAGUUUUACAAGUAGUUGUUCCAAUUGUUUACAGGAGGAUAUAGGAGGCCCCAUCGGCAGGCUCCUCUCGACAAUGUGUUACUAAACCGACAAAUAACUCAGUAUUACGAGCGCCAUAUUGCUGUGUUACCUAGAGUCAAAUAAUAUAUUUUUGUAACCAAGUACAAUCACGUUUAUUGCAUUUCAAAAUAUAUUUUAAUAUGAAGAUUAUUUUUUUAUAUUUUUAAGCUUAAGUUAUGAAUUUCGAAUUCUAUUCUCACGCUUAACGAAUGCACGUUGUGUGAAGUUUUAUAAUGAACUUGUGGGCCAGUUUCUGUUUUUGUUCGCUAACGUUACAGCAUUGGUUUUCGAUAUUGUUUACAGGAAGACCUAACGGGUGACUUCAGGAAUGUGCUAGUCACACUUUGUGCUUAAUCCUGCAAAAUAAACUUAGUGAACAAAAUUUUACUUUGAGCUUUGCAUGUUAGUAGUUAAACUCAUUCGGAUCGUUACGAAGUACAAUGUAAUAUUUUGCAGGAUGAUACGAAGGGAGACUACAAACGUGUAUUACUCACUCUCGUGUCGUAGGACAUCGCAUAAUAAGACUACAAUUGUUAAGUUCCAAAACGAAACUGCCUUUGUAUUUGUAUAACUGUUACGAGAUGUAGUAUUGAAGCUUGAUAUUUUUGUGAAAAUGAUAUUUAUUGGUGCUGUAGUUUCGUUUACACUAUUUACAAUAAUUAUAAAUGUAUGUUCA